AUGGCGGCUGCUGUAUCAUCUGUGUGGUCAAAGCCUGGUGCUUGGGCUCUUGAGGCUGAGGAGCACGAAGCAGAGCUCCAGAAACAAGCCCCUCCCUCCACCCAGGACUCAUCCUCCUCCGAUUUCCCAUCCCUCUCCGCUGCCGCCACCACCAAAUCGAAGAAGAAGAAGCCCCAAACCCUAUCCCUCGCCGAAUUCUCCACCUACAAGGCGGCGCCUGCUCCUUCCACGGAGCGCCUCACUCAGACUGAGCUCGCCUCCCUUCCCACCGGUCCACGCGAGCGCUCCGCCGAGGAACUGGACAGAUCUAGGGGUUUCCGGAGCUACGGGAGGGAUGAAUCCUCCAAUUCGAGGUGGGGUUCCUCAAGGGUUUCGGAAGAUGGGGAUAGGAGAGGCAGGGACAGGGAAUCUGCCAGGGACUCGGGUCCCUCUCGUGCGGAUGAGACUGAUAACUGGGCUGCCUCGAAGAAGCCCAUUGUAUCAAACGGAUUCGAGAGGAGGGAGAGGAGCGACGGAUUCGAGAGGAGAGAGAGGAGCGGCGGAUUCUUCGAGUCUCAGUCCAAGGCUGAUGAAGUCGAUAGCUGGGUCUCCACCAAGCCGGCGGAGCCCCGGAGAUUCGUUCCUACUGGUGAUAGAUCCGAGAGAAGGGGAAGCUUCGAAUCCUUAUCUAGAAACCGGGAUUCACAAUUCGGCGGUGGCUCAGAUUCAGACUCCUGGGGGAGGAGAAGAGAAGAAACCACUGGCGCACCACCAGCGAGCGGUGUCUUACGGCCGAGAUUGGUGUUACAGCCACGUACACUCCCCGUGACCGUCGUGGAAGUGAAGCCGGAAGUGAAGCCGGAAAGUCCGGUGGCAGUGACAAUUCCGGUAGAGAAACCUAAAGGUGCUAAUCCCUUUGGAAACGCCAGACCUAGAGAGGAGGUUCUGGCUGAGAAAGGGCAGGAUUGGAAAGAGAUUGAGGAGAAGCUCGAGGCAGUCAAGUUGAAGGAAGUUGCUGCAGCCAUUGAGAAGCCUGAUGAGAGGUCUCCUGGGAGGAUGGGUUUUGGUCUUAGCAAUGGCCGUAAGGACGAUCGUACCGAAGGAAGUUGGAGGAAAAGCACUGAGCAAUCUGAGGAGAAAGCUCAGCAUGAGGAACCUGCUGUAGAAGAGCCUAACAAGGAAGAGACUAACAAGGAAGAAGAGGCAAUCAAGGAGGAAGCGGCUAGCAAGGAGGAAGAGGCUAGCAAGGAGGAGGCUAAUAAGGAAGCCUCUGACGAGGAAGAGGCUGAGAACAAAAACUGA